AUCUAUCUCCGUAAAUAAAAGAACCCAAGAGCAUUACGUCUCCUCUGGCGUCAGCAUAAGUCUGUGGGACAAGUUUUUCAAACCUCCUCUUGUGGUUUUGUCAUCGCAUCCUCUUGCUUGAAUUUCGGGUUCACUUUAUAAAGCGAAUGUCAGAAGAAAGAGAGUAAAAAGAAGAUAAGAAAAAAAAGACGACGAAGAAGAAAGAGAAGAGAAAGAAAGCGUAAGGAAGGAUAAAAAACGAAAAAGAGAAGAUAGGAAAUUAAGAAAAGGAAUUGGAAUGAGAUGAUGAAAUAUUACUAGAAAAGAGAGAAAAAAAGAAAGAAAGAAAAGGAAGAAGAGAGAUAUGAAUAAAGAGUCGAGGAAUAAGAAGGAUGAUACUAAAUAGGAAGAAAUGAAGAGCGAAACGAAGAGGCCGAGGGAGGGCCAUCCAGCCGCGUGUCUCCGUCGGCCGCCCACUCCUCCCAGUCCGAUCAGCCGCCGCUAUCAACAGGCUGGCUCGAUGCCACGCGACGCUCGAAGAACAUGCUAUCCCCCGUGGCGCCCGUCGGCUGGAAUUCCGACGGGCUUGGAAUGGGAAUGCCGACCAAACGCGCGACUCUCGAGGGACCCGCCGCCGUGCGCUCCCCGCAGGCGCUGGUGUCGGCAGCGAGGCCGCGGUGGCACCGAGCUCCCAGUGCCGCGACGCAAAGGACAGGGUGCUGGUGUCGUGUCUCGGCUCCUCACGGCUUCGGGGCAUUCGUGACUCGAGAGCAGUCGCUGUGAUUACCUUUAUUUUGCCGAAAUCACCUGACUGGACUCGCGAACCCUGUGCAGGCCGCAAUGAGCCAGGCAGUGCCGCCGCCGCCGCCGUCCUACGAGGAGGCCAUGCUCGGGCGGCCGGCGGAUCCAGCGGCCUCGACGAUGCCUCCGCUGACGACGUGCAACACCAUGCAUGAUUAUGUGCAGUCAUCAUCGGCAGCCCCGGCGGCACCGUCCGUGCCUUCCACCAGCAUCCCCCCCACCUACUGGACCUACCACGGCUUGGACCAACUCGCGAACCUCCACCAAGUGUGCGUCAGCGAUCGUAAACAUGACAGCUACCGAGUGACCGACACAACGAAGACUUUACUCUUCACAGCCGCCUUAGAGAUGGAGUCCGUGUGCCUAUGUUGCUCCUCAGAGAAAGGGCCUGGAAUGAACUUCUUCCUCCUCACCAGCACCGAUCAAAAGGUCCUGCUGGGUAAUCGAAUUAAGAGUCAAAUGUGCUGUGCCUUUCCAGUUGAGACUGUAACCGUCAGCCGGCCUCCAGAUGUCAAAAUAGGAACAGUUGAAGGACAUAGCAAGAACUUCGCCUUAAAGAAUGCCUCAGGAGAUAUCCUUUGCAACCUGGAGAUGAAAGACCGUGGUUGCUGUGACUGUAGUGACAAGGUAUACCAGGUGGUGCCCUCUUCAGCACCUUACAGCCAAGGCUUAGUUGAAAUUCAUUGUGACGGUUGCAUGAUUACCUUCCCCUCUGAUAUGGAUGUCAUCUCAAAAGCUCUGCUAAUCUGCUUUGCUAUUAAUUUGCUAUAUUCAAGAGAAGAAGACAGAAAACAGGACUGAAUCAUGUGUACAUUUUUAUAUGUAAAUAUAUAUUUUUUUAGAUUUAAGAAAAAGCCUUGUUACUGGUAAAGCGCAUUUGUAUUUAACAUGUAGAAUGGCAUCUAUUUUUUUAUAUAUGUGAGAAUUUUUCAAAAUAUAUGACCUGAAAAGUA